UGUCAGUUGUCAUUGUUUUGUUAAUUUGUUUUCGUUUGUAGAAUGAAGAUAAGAAAACAAAAUUAAAUACUUUGUUUAUUUGUUUUGAAAUAAUGUCCAAUAUACAUAAAAUAAAAACAUAACAAUAAUGGAAGAAAAUAAUACCAAACCAACAAUUUGUCUAGCAUGCCUUCAAUGUUCGGUUGAUUGCAUUGAAAUGAUAUCUACCCGAAUUGGCAACAGCAACCAUGAGAUAUCUCCAACUUAUUUGGAUUGCUACAAAGCUUGCACUCAAUUAGAUAUCGAACAUGGACAAACAAUUAAUAUAUGUUUGUCAUGUUCCAAUUAUCUCCUUGAUGUUUAUAAGUUCAUAAUUAAAGCUAGGAACUCUUAUGGUAUUAUUAUGGGAAUUAAAAUGAAUGAUUUAGUGAAAAUCGACGACGACUCCGCCGCCGUCGCCGACAGUCAAACAAUGACUACCACAAAAGAAAUCCAGAUAAAACAAGAGUUUAUGGUCCCGGAGAGAUAUCAUGAGACAUCGGUUCAUAAUCCCGUUCAAGAAGAGACUGGAAAUGGUUGUGAAUUUGAAGAACCAAACUAUUACUGGACCCAAGAUGUAAUUCCUAAAGAUGGAAUCAAUUCUCAACAAUACAUGGCAAAGGGUGAUAAUGAUGAAGUUUUUGUCAUACAAGAAAUCGAUGAUUUUCAUCAUACUGAUGAAAGUUUUGAUUGCAAUUCAUUCUCCAAGUCAUACAAUAAAACUAAUUUUAACGAAGAACACACUAAGAAGAAUUAUCAUGAAAAUUUAGUGAAGAGUCAAAAGUCUUAUUGGAAAAAUCCUCAUGUAACACAAAGCAUGUCCUCGCUUUCAAAUACACCUCAAAACAAAGCAUUUAACAAUGAAAAAAUGAAUAAUGAAAUAGCUGAACACCAAAAACGUAAAUUAAAUGCUCAAUCAAAGAAAGCAGCGUACAUGCGACAAUAUCGAGCUCGAAAAAAAAAUGAAGCAUUGUUUUUGAAAGAACAUACAACUUUUGCCAAUAACAAAUUUAAUUUUAGUUCAUUAACCGAAAUGGAGAUGAGAACCACAAAAACUACUGUUCCUACAACAAAAAUUCAACGACAUCAACAACAACUUCUAUCCACCACUAAACCUUUCAAAAAUAUUCGACCUCGACUAAAUACUACAAAAACUAAAGCUACAACCACAUUAAAUGAAAGCUUUGUCAAAGAAAAAUAUUUUGAAAUCGAACCACUGCCACUGCUAACAUACUUGAGUAGUUCUUCUGAAUCUUCGGAUCCACAAACUACAACAUCAUCAAUGAAUUUUUAUACAAAGCAACAAAAGAGGGUCCUAUCAGAUGCUGAACGUUCAAAAUUGUUUCGAGAGCGAAAAAUGAUUGAGGAAGCCUCAAAUGGGUAUUGUGUUGAGAGAGAACAAAUGUCACCCCUAUCAGGUGCUGAUCGUAUAAGAAACUAUCGAAUUCGAAAAAAAAUUGCCGAAGCUGCAGGUACAAUUAAAAAAACUGAUGCUGAACGAUCGAAAAGGUAUCGAGCUCGAAAAAAAUUUGGCGAGGUUGUCAGCACCACAGUUAAAAAAGGAAUACCACUAUCAGAUGCUGAACGUUCGAGGAAUUACAGAGCUCGCAAAAAAUACGAUAGUGACAAGACAAUUGAGCAUGAAUCACCAAAUUUAUCGUUGCCAAAUAAAAAUAGUUACCAACGACAACAUUCCAUACAACAAAGUACAAAUUUUGAAUCUUCUAAUAUACAAGUUAAAACGCCUAAUAACUUUAAAACGAGUCAAGAACUUUUUAAACUAUUAGUGUAAAGCCACUGGACCGGUGUCGAAACUACCGAAAUUUAAAAGAAAAUGAAUUCAUCGAAACACCAUGGGUAUUUUUGUAAAAUAAAAUUUAUCAACAAAGAAAAACAAAGCUAACUACACGAGUUACUUUGCAAAUGAAAGUUUCUAAAAAGUUCGUUAAAAUUGUCAACUCCUCAUAUAUGUAUGGGUCCAAUGUAUUUAUAUGGAACAUGGAUAAGUUUUGGAAAGAGUCUGAAUAAAGUUUCUAGUGUUGUAUUUCAAUACAUUCUUUAAAAAAAUAAAAUACAAAUUAGCAUUUAACUACGUAAUAUAAAUACAAAGUGAAAUUUAUGCUUAAAGCUUUAGAUUUAUUAAAACUGUAAUAAAAUGGAAUUGUAAGAAUAAAACAUUUGCAUUGUAUAAAU